CUCUGAGCGCUGUGUUCUGGGCAUGGGGGGCCCGGGACCUGGAGCGGGGAAGGAGGGUCCCCGUGCUGGCGGCAGCAUCGGGGCUAGGCGGCUCCCGGUGCGCCCUCGCCCCGGGAGCGGAGGGCGUGCGCCCGCCAACCCUGUCCCCGUGUCCCCCCGUGCGCAGGAGGUGCCCCCGUGUGCUGCCACCUUCCCGGCUGGGCGGCUCUGCGAGGCUGCUGGGAGGUGUCGGUCCCUGGCUCCCAGCCUUGGGAGGCUCCCGGGCUCUGCUGAAACCAUCCCAAACUGCUGUCUCCGCCUGGGGAUAAGUGGGGGUCCCCAAGGGGAACGGCUUUCCGACCCCACCCUGACUUGCUAGUGCAGCGAGAAGUGUGCAUAGGGAUGGGUGACGGCGGGGAUGCAGCGUGACUUUGGGUGGGAAUAUCCCGAGGGGUCCCACGAUGUGUUUCUGAGCCCUGGCUGCUGGUUUUUGGGUGCCAGCACCCAUGACAGCUCACAAGUGUCAGGCUGGUGGUCACUUAUGAGCCCGUGCUCCAGGUGUGGUGGUCACCAAGUGGUGCAAAUGCAGCCUCAGCAUCAGUACUGCAGGGAGAAAAGGGGUCCCAGGUCUCAAAACUUCCCCUGCAGCUGGGUAGAUAUCUCCUGGGAACCAGUUUCCCCAGGCAGAACUUUUCUGUUCUUCCUCCGAAGUCAGAAUCAUCAUAGAAUCACAGAAUGAUUUGGGUCGGAAAGGACCUUAGAGACCAUCUAAUUUUAACCCCCUGCCACAGGCAGGGCUGUCACCCACUCAGUCACUGUGCUGGGUCUUCAGCAUGUGCCUUGAGGGACCUCGAGGGAGCAGUAGGUGCCCUGGGCUGGGUUACUCCCCACUGGAGCCACCACCUCUCAUCACAUGGAGAGGGCUCAGGAGGGGUCAAUUUAUUCAGCUCUGGCCCCUGGGGCAGUGUUUAUUGCCCACCUCCUUUUAGAAGGUCCUCCUGGGGUCUGGGUGGGGACCCAUUCUGGGGAGGAGUCCGUGCAGCGGCCUGGCCAGUGCAGCAUCCCCCGGCAGACGCUGCACUGCAGAGAUCCCUACCCCGUGCGGAUGCUGCAUGGCUCCCUGGGAAUCACUGCAGGGAUUCCCCCAGUCCUGCAGGCAGGCAGGGCAGAUCGUGCAGCUUGGGACCAUGGUGCCCCUGGUGCUGGGGGUGUGGGGGAGUGCCCACUGCUGUGGCACAGAUUGGAUGUUCCAGGCUUCCCAGGCCUGGGCGGUUCGUGCUGCCCAUCCUUGGGAGACCAGAGAGUGUCAGUGCAUCGUGAGGGAUGCAGUACAAGGGAGUGGGUGGUCCUGGUGGGAGGCACAGGACACUGCACCUGGGGUCUGGGGUGGGCUGGCAGGGACACAGGGAUCCCCCAGGGUUGAGGGGAUGGUCAGCAGCCCCCGCUGCAGACUGUAAGGAAGCAAACAGGAUGAAGAACCCUGGGGAAGGUGAAGAAGCCACUCAAAAUCUCUGUGACCUAAUCCAUGCUUUCAAGGAUCAUUUGCAUAGCGGCCUGUGGGAGAAUUCGAGAGGGAAAUCCCUGUCUGAGCUGGCAGUAAAGGAAUGCCAAAAUAAAAGAUACCAAUACACUGCCAGACUGCUGGGGUGGGUUGAGUGAUGCUUGGGUCCAUGGGGCUGUGGCAGGAGACUCCAGCCCAGGUUAGUGGGUACCAAUGUAACCCCCAGCACAUUCCCCUUCUCUUUUUGAUGGCCCUAGGAGAGGCUGGGCAUGUUUUGGGGCCCUGUACAGCAAGGCUGCAGUGCAGCAGCCACUCCUGGUGGACCCUUCACUCCCAGCCCUGGGGAAGGAGCAUCAUCCUCCAUCUUCUUGCCCUGUCCCAGCUCAGUGAUGCUCGUGCCCACUGCCAUGGCCAUGGUUUGAAGCUCCCACCUUUCCACACUGCAGGAAUAGGUCCAUUGUCAUCAGGCUGGCAGGAAAGCUAGGUGCUGGCACCUCUCUGCAGGGAGGAAAACCUCCUUUUAACACAGAAAUUCCCACUUGUCCCUAAGGGGCUCUUUUCUGUCAAGGAGGGAAUAUGGGAUUCUCCAGGAGGCUAGUUCUCCCUAUUUUGGGGAAAGGUCAUCAAGUCUUGGCAAACAAUGAGGAUCCCAUCAGAGGUAUGGAUAGUUGGUGGAUUCCUAAGUGAAACAAGGACUCGGGAGUGCAGGAGUCAAGAGCCUUCCCUCCAAAGCAGUGGAAAUAAAGAGCUUUAAAUUUUCUACCUUCUUUUUUGAGUUCUGUUUUUGCUUUGCUGGACCCCAAACAUUGUCCUAUUUGCUGGGCAGGCUGUGUUGUGGGACAUGUGGAAGAGAAAUUAUGUAUCCCCAUUUGGGGAAUUUGGUCUGGCAGCAACCCAUCAUAGGGGUCUCAUGGCAUGUCCCCCUUCCUGCUCUUGCCAGGGCAGUGUUGGCACUGGGUGGGUGCACACAGUGGGAAAACCCAGCACUGAGCAGAGGAGGAGAAAGGAUCUGCAUGGCAGGGCAGCCAGCCAGCUUCUGCCAGGAAAGGGUUAAUCCUGGAGCUUCAGCUCUGGUAUCCUAUUGCUAGCUACUUUGGGUAAAAGCUUUUUUGGCUCUGUUUCAAGGGCAUCAGGCUGGAGGAUGACUCAUGCAUCCCUGCCACUGAGGAGCAAACCCUCUUGUCCCUACUUUCCCAGCACAAGGUGAUGAUUUCCUGAAAAUCCAAGUGCCCCAGAGGCCUCUGAUCAUGCCGUAUAGGACUCUGCUCAGCUGGGCUGGGAAAAGCUCAUGUAGGACUUGCUUGUCCUGAGAGAAUUGUGGUGGUGACAUCUUUGGCAUGGGUUCAAAUGCUUGUGUGGGUGUCCUCAGGAUGGGGACCUGCUGUGGGGGGCGUAUUGUUUGGAGGAUGCUUUUGCUCCAUAACUGACUCUCAUCCCUUUAUUCUGCAGGGAAGGAGCCACGCAUCCAGCUGCAGCACCACCCUUCCAGCACUGCCAGAUGUGCCUCCAGGUUGUGCUGUGCCUACAGCCCACUGCGGAGCAUUUUUCAUCCUUUCCAAACGUGAAAAGACUGGCCAUCUGUCUGGAUCCCCCUCCCUCCAACGCGGCACGAAAGCGGUUCUUUGAGAAAGGUGAUCCUGCCACCGUGCUGCCUGUGCCGGGGCUGCUCUCCCAGCUAGCGCACGUCUCCUGUCCCGGUAGGAAAUGGAGUCCAAGGUCUCCGAAGGCGGCCUCAACGUCACCCUCACCAUCCGGCUGCUGAUGCACGGCAAGGAAGUUGGAAGCAUCAUUGGGAAGAAAGGAGAGACUGUGAAGAAGAUGCGUGAGGAGAGCGGGGCAAGGAUCAACAUCUCGGAGGGGAACUGUCCUGAGCGGAUUGUGACCAUCACUGGCCCCACCGAUGCCAUCUUCAAGGCUUUUGCCAUGAUCGCCUACAAAUUUGAGGAGGACAUAACCAACUCCAUGAGCAACAGCACCGCUACCAGCAAACCUCCGGUGACACUGCGGCUGGUGGUGCCAGCGAGUCAGUGCGGCUCCCUCAUUGGCAAGGGGGGCUCCAAGAUCAAGGAAAUCCGAGAGUCCACAGGUGCUCAGGUCCAAGUGGCGGGGGACAUGCUGCCCAAUUCCACGGAGCGGGCAGUGACAAUCUCGGGCACACCCGACGCAAUUAUCCAGUGUGUCAAACAGAUCUGUGUGGUGAUGCUGGAGUCCCCACCGAAAGGUGCCACCAUUCCCUACCGCCCAAAGCCCGCCUCCACCCCUGUCAUUUUUGCAGGUGGUCAGGUAAGAGCCGACCCGCUUGCAGCCUCCACUGCCAACCUCAGCCUUUUACUGCAGCACCAGCCGCUGCCCGCCUAUACAAUUCAGGGACAAUACGCUAUUCCACACCCAGAUCAGUUGACCAAGCUCCACCAGUUGGCUAUGCAGCAAACCCCCUUUACUCCCCUUGGACAGACCACCCCCGCUUUCCCUGGAGAAAAGCUGCCCUUACAUUCCUCCGAAGAAGCUCAAAAUCUGAUGGGCCAGUCAUCAGGUUUGGAUGCCAGUCCCCCGGCCAGUACUCAUGAACUCACCAUUCCCAAUGAUCUAAUAGGCUGCAUAAUCGGACGCCAAGGGACCAAAAUCAAUGAAAUUCGUCAGAUGUCGGGAGCGCAGAUCAAAAUCGCGAAUGCCACGGAAGGGUCAUCGGAGCGCCAAAUUACCAUCACAGGAACCCCUGCAAACAUCAGCCUUGCGCAGUACCUCAUCAAUGCCAGGCCUCCAAAAGGCGUUCCUCCAUUCAGUGAAAACAAUCAGUCCAAUAAACGCAAGACUUGGGAAUGGCCUGACUGCUUCCUUUUCAUCAUGAAAAGCUUGGCACUGCAGGACUUCACAGGGGCCAAGGUUUCCCAGCACUGCUGCCAUCCGGGGAGAGACGCAGCCUGGGGGCCGGCAAGGGCCUGCCAGGGCAGCGUGCAGGGGAGGCGUAGCUGCAGAGAUGAGCUGGGGCCCUGCUCCAUGCAGGCAGUGAGCUGCGUCCAGGGGGCUCACUCAGACCUGUUUGCCUGUGUCUGUGGACUCGUGGGGAGUGCGUUUAAGGGGAUACAGGACCUUUUUGGUAUCUUUGCACCCACCUGGCAGAGUCACUCAAACGGGCCCAUUCGCCUGGGCAGGAUUGAUGCUGUGCCAACCCAUCGCCAGCCCCGGAUGCGUGCAGGACGCAGGCUGCUGGCAGGGCCCCGAGGACGGGGGUCUGCUGGCAGUGAUGGACACUUGUUGGGGUGUGGGCUGGGAGCACCGGUGAGGUCUGUAUGUGCUUUGUCCUCCUUGCAUCCAACCCACUCGAGCCCCGACCUGUAGUAGACCCCUGCCAUCCCAUCCUACCCCGCUGCCCAUGCUCGUGGCACCUCUCCCACUGCUUGGGUGAGGGACAGGGCUAGCCCCCCACCCAUGGGCAUGGCUGAGUGACUUCCCUGCAGAUCCUUGCCAAUCCCCCCACCCCCGCCAGACAGGAGAGAGAAAGAAAAGAAAAAGAAGUGGCUCUUAGUUGCUGUAAAGGGCUGGCUGAGCUGCCCCUGUGCAGAGGUGAGGCGGCUGGAUGGGGCUCAGUCUCUCCCAUAGUUUCCAAACCAGAGCAAAACAAAGCAGCCAGGGGAGCUGGCACAGCUGCCUGUCCCCUGUGGAGGGAUGCUGCUGGAAAAGAAGCUGUGCUCUGGGAUGACUCCUGCCAGCACCUCUGGUGGGUGACACCCCAACCUGGCCACAGUGAGGAGAGGGGAAUGCAGCCAGCCAUUGCACUGGCUCUGUGCUUCAGCCCCCCAUGCCCUCCCCGGGGGAACGCCAGGCCACCCAGUGAUGCUCUGCCCACUCCAUCUAGGCGGGAUCUGGGCAAGAGGAAGAGCACUGCCCCGCAGGGUCUUCGUUUUCUUUUCUGCUCUGGUGAUUAAGCACUUGUUUUUUGUCUCCCCCCCACCCCUCUCUCUGC